UAGGCCACGUCAAUUUUGAUUGCUUUCGAAGUGCUUCUGCAGCCGCCUGCAAGCUGGAACUUAAAGUUAAUCUGAAAUUUGGUCCCGAUUUCUCUACUUUUCAAUAGUGAUACCGUAGACACUCGAAUCCUACCUCUAAACAGUGAUCAUCAUGGACUCGAUGGUACGCUUCGUAUCGCCUGUUAACCCGGCCGUGUUUCCUCAUCUUGCCAGUGUGUUGCUGCUGUUCGGCACAUUCUUCACAGCCUGGUUCUUCGUUUUCGAAGUAUCACGCCCAAAGCAACCGACUAAGGAAAGCGUAAUUUUCAAGGAACUAUCCAUCAGUUUGUUCGCAUCGUUGUUCCUGGGUUUUGGAAUCCUGUUUUUGUUACUUUCGGUUGGGAUAUACGUGUAACGGAGUUAAUCGUGCACUUCUCCAGUGUUUUCUCGUUCACAAACUCCUUUUCCGUUAAAAGAAAACUCUAUAAGCCAACGGUACUGUUGCUGCUUUUAUAAUCACGCCGUCAUCGUGAGGUGUUCAUGAUGUUGAAAUCAUAAGUUACUACACUAAUGCCAAUAUCCUCAUUACAAUAUGCAAUUCCAUAUUAUGUAAAAGCAGUGCAUGUCUAUAAGAAAUACAGUAGCGACUGACUUAAUAAUACACUUCUAACCAGAUAUUCGUU